AUGGAGAGGAAUCUGGAGCACCUCAGAGCCAAUUACAGCAAACUCACUGAAACCAGCAGCCAGCUACAGAGAUACCACAACAGAUUCCUACAGAAAGUCCCCCUGUUGGAGAAAUACUGCCCUCUUAUUUCACAGAAGAGAGUGUGUAGACCCUGUCCACAGGGUUGGGAGCAGUUCAGAUCCAAGUGUUACUACUUCUCUACUGAGACUAAGUACUGGCUUCCCAGUCGCAGUGACUGCCUAGGACAAGAUGCUGAUCUGGUGGUUAUAGACGGUGAAGAGGAACAGGAGUUCAUCUCCAACCACACAAAAGAAGGUGAAUACUGGAUUGGACUGAGUGACUCAGAAACAGAGGGGACCUGGCUCUGGGUUGACAGAACUCCUCUACAGAAAGGGUGA